AUGCCGUCGAAAAUGUACUGGGCUGCGGCCCUGGCUCUGGGAGCCCAGCUCGUCACUGCGCAGACCUAUACCGAAUGCAACCCCAUGGAAGAAAAUUGCCCUCCUAAUCCAGGUCUCGCGACCUACACUGACUUCACCGACUUCACCAGCGGCCCUGACGCCUUCGAGCGCUGGGACACCGCAGCCGGAUCGGUGACUAGCACCCCACUGGGGGCCGCCUUCAUCAUCAACCAGCAGGGCGAUGCACCGACCAUCGAAUCCGACUUUUACAUCUUCUUUGGCUCCGUCGAAGUCAAGAUGCGCGCCGCCAACGGCACGGGUAUCAUCAGCACUACUGUGCUGGAGUCUGAUGACCUCGACGAAAUCGACUGGGAACAAGUCAGCACCUUCGACGACCAAAUACAAACCAAUUACUUCGGCAAAGGCAACACCACCUCCUACGACCGCGCCACCACGGUCGCCGUCUCCUCCCCAGAAGAGACCUUCCACACCUACACCGUCAACUGGACCCCCACGCAGAUCGAGUGGAUCCUAGACGGCACGGUCGUCCGCACCCUCGGCUACUACGACGCCCUAGGCGGGCAAAACUACCCGCAGACGCCCAUGCGCAUCCGCAUCGGCAUCUGGGCCGGCGGCGAUCCCAGCAACGCCCCGGGAACCAUCUCCUGGGCCGGCGGCGAGACGGACUACAAUGAUGCCCCGUUCACUAUGUAUCUGGAGUCUGUGAGCGUCGUUAACUAUUACCCCGCGGAGUGGUACGCGUGGGGUGAUAUGACGGGGUCGUAUGGAAGUAUUGAGCCGUUGAAUGGUACGAGCGGGGCUGCUGUUCCUGGGGCGAUUUCCACAGAGCCUGUUGCUCAGGAGUCUCCUUCUGAUGCUCCCGCUUCGGAGGCUCCCAGUCCUACCCCUGGUGCCGAGGAUCCUAGUCCUGACGUUCCCGUGUCUGAGGCUAGCCCUACGCCCACUGAAGCCCCCACAACUGAAGCUCCCGUCCCUGUCCCCGGCUCUGAGACCCCUAGUUCUGAAGCUACACCGGCCCCUAGCUCAGAGGCUCCCAGCUCUGAAGUUCCCACUCCUGAAUCUCCCAGCUCAGCCCCGCCCGCUGAAACCCCCGGCCCGGUUGUACCAAUCCCCGUCGUGCCCAGCUCAGAAGUCCCCAGCUCAGAAGUACCAAGCUCAGAAGCUCCCAGCUCGACACCCCUCCCCGCCACCCCCAGCUCCUCAGGCGCAAACCAAGGCGGUCCCAUUCCCCUCCCCACCCCUACUCAUGCCCCUCCGCCGCACACACCCCAUACUAGCCCCAGCACCAGCCCCGUGGAAACCCCCCCAGCGAGCUCCACCUCGAGCAAACCUCUCAUCCCUGUCCCUGGAUCGCAGACUCAAAGCGGGAGUUCCUCGUCGAGUAGUGCGUCUGCUGCUCCGACUAUGCCGGGCGGUGCUGCCGGCUCGUUUGAUAUAUCUAUGGGGGCUGUUGUGGGAGCUUUGUUGGUGGGGUUGAUCCAGAUUUAA